GUUCAGUGUGGUGACUUCCCUCAUCUAUUGGUGUAUGGACCAUCAGGAGCUGGAAAAAAGACAAGAAUAAUGUGUUUGUUAAGGGAAUUAUAUGGCGCAGGAGUAGAAAAACUGAGGAUUGAGCAUCAGAGUAUAACGGCACCUUCUAAAAAGAAAAUUGAAAUUAGCACCAUUGCAAGUAAUUAUCACCUUGAAGUUAACCCAAGUGAUGCAGGAAACAAUGACCGCGUAGUAAUUCAGGAACUCUUGAAGACGGUAGCACAAUCCCAACAGCUUGAGACAAGUACACAACGAGAUUUUAAAGUGGUGCUGUUAACAGAAGUCGACAAACUCACUAAAGAUGCUCAGCAUGCUUUGCGAAGAACAAUGGAGAAGUACAUGGCGACCUGCAGGUUGAUCCUGUGCUGCAACUCCAUGUCAAAAAUUAUAGGACCUAUUCAAAGCAGAUGCCUGGCUGUACGAGUGCCUGCUCCAAGCAUUGAAGAUAUCUGCCACGUCUUGUCCAGUGUGUGUAAGAAAGAAGGUCUGACUCUUCCUCAGGAACUGGCCCAAAGGCUUGCAGAGAAAUCUGGCAGGAAUCUUCGGAAAGCACUACUCAUGUGUGAGUCCUGCAGAGUACAACAGUAUCCUUUCACUGCUGAUCAAGACAUUCCUGAAAUGGACUGGGAAAUUUAUUUGAGAGAAACUGCAAAUGCUAUUGUUGGUCAACAGACACCACAAAGGCUUUUAGAGGUCCGUGGACGGCUUUAUGAACUCCUGACACACUGUAUUCCUCCUGAGAUUAUAAUGAAGGGCCUCCUGUCAGAACUUUUAAAUAACUGUGAUGGACAACUGAAAGGAGAAGUUGCACAGAUGGCAGCCUUCUAUGAACACCGCCUGCAACUCGGCAGCAAAGCCAUUUAUCAUCUGGAAGCAUUUGUAGCAAAGUUUAUGGCAAUUUACAAGAAGUUUAUGGAGGAUGGGCUAGAUGACAUGAUGUUCUAAUGCUGAUGCCCCAAGUCGUACAUAGAAUAUUGUAUCAUGAUGCCAGUAAUGUUGCAAAUGCUGUCUACUUGUCUAUGCUUGAUUGCAGGUGAGUCUAGUUCAAAGUCAAAUAUUUUAUUUUGCUAUUAAUAUAAAACACAGUUAACGAAACAACCAUCUUCAAUUUUAGAAGCCAAAUGGAUUGUUUGACAGCCUCAAAUCCGUCUUUAGAUCCAUACAAAAUACAUUAGCCUU